CUGGAGUCUAUCUGGACGUGUUAAAGACACACGCCAUCGCCGAGGCCCAUUUAAACCGCAGGAUAUCAACCUUCAGGAUGUGUCGAAUGGAGAUACACAUCUACUCCUGCACACAUAUCUGGGCCCUCAAAGAGGGCUGUCCCUAUCACCAGAUGCCAAAUCACCAGGAACUACCCGCCAGGAACGUGACGAUUGCAAGUCCCUGUCCGAUUUGUCGUAACCCCCCAAUCAAGCACACGUUCCUGGAACAGAGAAUGCUCUUUACUAUCCAGUCGUUGGAAUCCAUCCUUGGCAUGUCCCGUCAAGACCCGGGUUUCACUGACAGCGUGACACGCUUUUACGCCAGGGGGGAUCAUGGCCGCUGGAUGCAGCCGGGAUACCUCCGACCAAGAAGCCUCGAGGAUCGGCAGGAGGAAGAGGCGUACUUGCAGGCGGUGCUGGUGUCAUCGGGGCAGUGUGUUGUCGACACUGCUGCUGUCGCCGGGCCUGCUGCAAGCACCUCUCAGGAAGCCGUCACAAUGAAUAUCUCUUCCGCCUCCGGUUACUCGACGUUGAACACGGAGCCUCAUAACGUCGCUGCCCAUCCGCCUGGUUUGAGUGUGGGAGAAGUACAGUCCCAUCCGCCGAUCGUGGUCGCGAACGAGGCUACGGAAUCGGCGAGAUUGGUCUUAGGGCCUCAGUAUCAGACACCAGGGAUUGGAGAAUCGGCACUGGGAACACUUCUGGAGCAUUUUGGCACGGUUCCUGCGCCAGCAUUUGUCGAGAGCGAUGAUCCACCAAGUCCAUAUGUGCCGAUGCCGAUACUGAACCAUGGGACCGUUCAGCAGCCGCCUGCCAUAAUCUCAUACACAGAUCCGAACAUCCCCUUUGGCAUCACCCCAGCGAUCCAGAAUGCUCCUCAGAGCGCGGGGUUCAGUGAGUCUCCCCAGAGUUCCACACAUGGAGUUUCCCAAGACCCGGACUCCCCCGACGUCGUGACUGGCCACAGAAACCUCGCACAGAGCCGCGAAGAUCCCUUCUUCGACCCUGCUUCUGCCCGCCUCAACGUCUCUAGGCCCAGGCCCGCGCUCCCACCCGCUCGCAUGAGACGCCCGUCCAACACUCCCCAGUCGACCCCGGCGCUCAGCGGGCCUCGUCCUCGUCCCCAAACUGGAGGGCUCAUGGGUCCACCCGCGCUCCCUGUGACCCGGCGCUCCUGGCUGAAACAGCCCGUCGACGCGAACAGCUACUGGCAGGACCAGGACUUCGCAUCCUAUGCCACUCCAUCGACCGGCUCCGACGCCCCAGAAGCGGUACCAGAUGACACAAACGACCCGCAGACAAACCUCAUGUCGUCUCCCACCGUGAUGAUGCAGCAGAGACGAAGCGGAGAGAUCAGACGCGGAAAACGUCCGGUGCGGGAACUAUACCCUGUUUUGUCCACUUUGCCUGUUGAUGGUAAUCCCAUUGGUAACAACCGUCCUAAUAAUGCUGCCAGUGCGCAUCCGAACCCCCCGAUGACGGUCGUCGCCGAGUCAGGUAAGCCCGCAGCCGAACCCAAGGCAGGGCCGGAGCCUAAGCGUCCUCGAUUUGUGAGAUUCCUGAAUGAUACGACUAUUGUGCCGUGCUCGCCUAUUUCAACCAGGAGCUUGGGUAGAGGCGGCGGUGCUGUCCAGCCCCGUGCCGAUGCUCGUCUUCGGAACGUGUGUCUGGGAGGAACGGCCGAUGCUGCGGUUGACGGCUUCAGUCUUUCGGAAUUUGGCGAGCAGCAGCAGCAGGGGAUUGGAACCAUGGUUGCGGAUGGCGACAAGAUGGAUUUGGAUGAACAGAAGGGAACUAACAACGAAACGAAGGAGUUGGAGUGGAUGUUCCAGUGCUAUCUGACUGACGAAGAGGAUAAGCGGCAGAGGGAGGAAUCCGGCGAGCAUCCAUUCUUCAGCAGCCCUUUUGCAUGCGGCUAUAACAAAGAAUCCGAGGGCUGGGAUGAGGAUUGGGAGAUGAUGCAGUGA